AUGGUUGUCAAAUGUCAUACUCAGGGACUUGCGGUGGGUGCGACGGGCGCCGGCGCCGGCGCCGGCGGUGGUGGUGGUGGUGGUGGUGCUGGUGGUGCUGGUGGCACUGCUGCUUCUUCUGGUGGUGCUGGUGAUGCCGGUUCUGCUGCUGCUGCUGCUGCUGCUGCUGCUGCUGCUGCUGCUGCUGCUGCUGCUGCUGCUGCUGCUGCUGCUGCCAAUGCGCUGUCCUGUCCCCUUGCUGCUACCAGCCCUAUUGACUACGACAAAUCCGCAUCCCUCGUCCACUUCCACUCGCUUUCAUCCGCCUCUCCAACCCCUCUCCACCCCUCUCACUGCGAACAACACUGUUCGCACCACGACCUCCCCUCUGCUGCUGCUGCUGCUGCAACUGCUGCUGCUGCUGCUGUGGCUGCCGCCAGUGAUGAGGCCGAUUGCUCUCCUCAGACUGACUGCGACAAAUCCGUAUCCCUUUUCCACUCCCACUCUCUUCCAUCCAUCUUCCCAACCCCUCUUUUCCCCUUUUGCUUCUUACCACUGUCCGAGGCAUUGCAAAACGUUCCUCCUCUUCCUCCCUCCACUCCCUCCACUCCUCCACUUCCUCCCUCCCCUCCCUCCACUCCUCCACUCCCUCCCUCCCCUCCCUCCCCUCCCUCCACUCCUCCUCUUCCUCCUCAUCUUUGA